AUGGCGCAGUUCGUGUUCGAGGCGGAUCUGCACGGGCUGCUGAAGCUGGACACGCCGAUCCCUAACGCGCCGCCUGCGCGGUGGCAGCGCAAGGCCAAGGAGAGCAGCGCCCCCGGGCCCAGCCCCGCCGCCGGCUUGUCGCCCAUGAAGCCGGCCAAUCGCUCCCACAGCUCCAGCAAGACGCCGUCCAGGACACCCGGUAAAUCUGGAUCCAAAAUCCAGAGCACCCCAACAAAGGCUGGGGGGGAUCGCUACAUUCCCAACCGCAGCACUAUGCAGAUGGAGAUGGCCAACUUCCUCCUAACCAAAGAGAAUGACCCUGCUGAGGAGUCCCCUACGAAGAAGGAGCAACAGAAAGCCUGGGCAGUGAAUCUGAACGGCUUUGAUAUAGAAGAGGCAAAGAUCCUCCGCCUCAGUGGAAAGCCACAGAACGCUCCAGAAGGCUAUCAGAAUAACCUGAAAGUGCUCUACAGUCAGAAAAUGACACCUGGAUCUAGCAGGAAGAAUGGCAGAUACAUUCCCUCAAUGCCAGACCGGAUCCUGGAUGCACCAGAGAUCCGCAAUGACUAUUAUCUGAAUCUCAUUGACUGGAGCUCUCAGAACUUCCUGGCAGUGGCUCUGGACAACUCUGUCUAUCUGUGGAAUCACCUUUCUGGGGAGAUUAUCCAGCUGCUGCAGAUGGAGCAUCCAGAUGAUUAUGUUUCCUCUGUGUCGUGGAUUAAAGAAGGAAACUACCUUGCUGUUGGCACAAGUAAUGCUGAGGUCCAGCUAUGGGACAUACAGCAGCAGAAACGUCUCCGAAAUAUGACCAGCCAUUCUUCCCGUGUGGGGUCCCUCAGCUGGAACAGCUACAUCCUCUCCAGUGGGGCACGGACUGGCCACAUCCACCACCAUGAUGUCAGAGUGGCUGAGCAUCAUGUGGCCACACUUGCUGGCCACACACAGGAGGUGUGUGGACUCAAGUGGUCUCUAGAUGGCCGCUACCUGGCCAGUGGUGGCAAUGACAACCUGGUGAACAUCUGGCCAUGCACCCAGGGGGACAGUGGAGACUUUGCUCCUGUACAGACCUUCACUCAGCAUCAGGGUGCUGUCAAGGCUGUGGCGUGGUGUCCAUGGCAGUCAAAUGUUCUAGCCACUGGAGGUGGGACUAGUGACAGACAUAUCCGCAUCUGGAAUGUGUGUUCUGGCACAUGCCUCAGUGCUGUUGAUGCCCAUUCCCAGGUCUGUUCUAUCCUGUGGUCAACAAACUACAAGGAGUUCAUUUCAGGCCAUGGCUUUGCACAGAAUCAGCUGGUUGUAUGGAAGUACCCAACGAUGGCCAAGGUCACUGAGCUGCGAGGUCACACUGCCAGAGUCUUGAACCUGACUAUGAGCCCUGAUGGUGCAACAGUGGCCUCGGCAGCUGCUGAUGAAACACUGAGGCUCUGGCGCUGUUUUGAGAUGGACCCCAUAAAGAAGAAGGAGAAAGAGAAGGCAAACAGUGCCAAAAGCAGCAUCAUUCACCAGGGCAUCCGAUGAGUGCACAGGGCUGUUGUGGGGAGGGGGGAAAGUUGGCUUACACACUGUAUAGUAUUUUAAAUGUUAAUAAACUGCUUUAAUUUGA